GUGCGAGCCGCGGGAAUGUUCCGAAAGGCCCGGCGAGUGAACGUGCGCAAGCGGAAUGACUCGGAGGAGGAGGAGCGAGAGCGCGAUGAGGAGCAGGAGCCGCCACCGCUGCUGCAGCCGCCGGGCACCGGCGAAGAACCGGGCUCUGGCGGCGGCGGCGACAGGGCCCCUGGGGGGGAGUCGCUGCAGGGCCCGGGGCUGCCGCCGCCUUCCGCGCUGACCCCGGGCUCCGGGGCUGAGGCUGGGGGCUGCUUCCCGGGCGGCGCGGAGCCCGGCAACGGGCUGAAGCCGCGCAAGAGGCCGCGAGAGAACAAAGAGGUGCCUCGGGCCAGCCUGCUCAGCUUCCAGGACGAGGAGGAAGAAAAUGAAGAAGUUUUCAAAGUGAAGAAAUCAAGUUACAGCAAAAAGAUAGUAAAAUUACUUAAGAAAGAAUACAAAGAAGAUCUUGAAAAAUCAAAGAUUAAAACAGAACUCAACUCCUCAGCCGACAGCGAACCACCCUUGGACAAAACAGGACACAUUAAGGACACCAGUCAAGAAGACGGAGUUAUCAUCAGUGAACAUGGUGAAGAUGAAAUGGACAUGGAAAGUGAGAAGGAGGAAGAAAAGCCAAAAGCUGGUGGAGCUUUUUCAAAUGCUUUAUCUUCUUUGAAUGUUCUCCGCCCAGGAGAAAUUCCAGAUGCAGCUUUUAUACAUGCUGCAAGGAAAAAGCGUCAAAUGGCCCGAGAAUUAGGAGAUUUCACUCCUCAUGACAGCGAGCCUGGGAAAGGCCGCCUUGUUAGAGAAGAUGAGAAUGAUGCCAGUGAUGAUGAAGAUGAUGAUGAGAAACGUCGCAUAGUUUUUUCUGUGAAAGAAAAGUCACAGAGACAAAAAAUUGCCGAGGAAAUAGGCAUUGAGGGGAGUGAUGAUGAUGCUCUAGUAACUGGAGAACAAGAUGAAGAACUCAGCCGAUGGGAGCAGGAGCAGAUAAGAAAAGGAAUCAAUAUCCCUCAGGUUCAAGCAAGCCAGCCCACUGAAGUGAAUAUGUACUACCAGAACACUUACCAGACGAUACCUUAUGGUUCAUCCUAUGGCAUUCCUUAUAGUUACACUGCCUAUGGAUCAUCUGAUGCCAAAUCUCAAAAAACAGAUAAUACAGUCCCUUUCAAAACUCCCAGUAAUGAGAUGACUCCCGUUACUAUUGAUUUGGUAAAGAAACAGCUUAAAGACAGGUUGGACUCCGUGAAAGAACUGCACAAAACGAAUCGACAGCAGCAUGAGAAACACCUGCAAAGCCGAGUGGACGCCACCAGGGCUAUUGAGAGAUUAGAAGGGUCUUCUGGGGGUGUUGGUGAACGGUAUAAGUUUUUGCAAGAAAUGCGAGGGUAUGUCCAAGACUUGCUUGAGUGUUUCAGUGAAAAGGUGCCACUGAUUAAUGAACUUGAAUCAGCAAUACAUCAGCUGUACAAACAGCGAGCUUCCCGCCUUGUCCAAAGACGACAAGAUGAUAUUAAAGAUGAAUCUUCGGAGUUUUCAAGCCAUUCAAAUAAAGCUCUGAUGGCACCAAAUCUCGAUUCCUUCGGGCGAGAUCGGGCACUGUAUCAAGAGCAUGCAAAACGUAGGAUUGCAGAACGGGAGGCCAGGAGGACUCGUCGUAGACAAGCCAGAGAGCAGACCGGUAAGAUGGCAGAUCACCUCGAAGGCCUUUCCAGUGAUGAUGAAGAAACUUCCACAGAUAUUACAAACUUCAAUCUGGAAAAAGAUCGCAUUUCGAAAGAGUCCAGCAAGGUUUUUGAAGACGUACUUGAAAGUUUCUAUUCAAUCGACUGCAUUAAAUCCCAAUUUGAAGCAUGGCGUUCAAAAUACUAUCUGUCCUAUAAGGAUGCUUAUAUCGGCCUUUGUUUGCCAAAGCUGUUCAACCCCCUCAUACGGCUGCAGCUUCUCACUUGGACUCCUCUUGAGGCAAAAUGUCGUGACUUUGAAAACAUGCUGUGGUUUGAAUCUUUGCUGUUUUAUGGUUGUGAAGAACGAGAGCAAGAGAAAGAUGAUGUAGAUGUUGCACUGUUGCCUACAAUUGUGGAAAAGGUGAUUCUUCCUAAACUAACAGUAAUAGCUGAAAAUAUGUGGGACCCUUUUUCUACAACACAGACUUCAAGAAUGGUUGGGAUUACAUUAAAAUUAAUAAACGGAUAUCCUUCAGUAGUGAACGCAGAAAACAAAAAUACACAGGUGUACCUAAAAGCACUUUUACUAAGAAUGAGGAGAACUUUAGAUGAUGAUGUAUUCAUGCCCUUAUAUCCCAAAAAUGUCUUGGAAAAUAAAAAUUCUGGGCCUUAUUUGUUUUUUCAACGACAGUUUUGGUCUUCAGUUAAGCUAUUAGGGAAUUUUCUUCAGUGGUAUGGCAUUUUCUCAAAUAAAACUCUUCAGGAGUUAUCAAUAGAUGGUUUAUUAAAUAGAUACAUUCUCAUGGCUUUUCAGAAUUCAGAAUAUGGAGAUGACAGCAUCAAAAAAGCCCAAAAUGUAAUCAAUUGUUUCCCCAAGCAGUGGUUCAUGAAUCUGAAAGGAGAAAGAACUAUCUCUCAGUUAGAAAACUUCUGUCGAUACCUUGUGCACUUAGCAGACACAAUCUACAGAAACAGUAUCGGAUGUUCUGAUGUGGAAAAAAGAAAUGCAAGGGAAAACAUAAAACAGAUAGUAAAACUCCUUGCAAGUGUUCGCGCUCUGGAUCAUGCUAUGUCUGUUGCAAGUGACCACAAUGUGAAAGAAUUUAAGUCUUUGAUUGAAGGAAAAUAG